AUGAAGAUACCAGUCAGCAACGGAGUCCCUACCCGUUCCGAACGGAGGGAGGCAGACAGCGCGAUGCCGUUACAGCACGUCAGAAAAGGCUCCACGGAAACGACACCACCAGUGGGAGCUCGAAGUCGGAAAUUGGAACAUAUCCUCACUCAGAGAGAGCAACAAGAGUUAUUUGAUGAGGUCAUAAAGUGCCAACUCGACUUUGUUGGACUCCAGUUGAGUCCAGAGCCUCAGCGGGUGGAAGAUAUUCUACUCAGGUGCCGCUAUGAUGUCGAGUGCUCAGACUGA